AUGACCCACGCAGCCUCUGCUGACGAUCUUCGCGUUUCAACGCUCUACGACUUCUCCAACCAUGUCGCAUUGGUGAGCGGAGGGGCGACAGGUCUAGGCGAGAUGGCCGCUCAAGCCUUCGUUCAGAAUGGUGCGACCGUAUUCAUCGCUUCUCGUAAGGAGAAAGAGCUUAAAGCCACUACCGACCGACUGAAUGCCUUGGGCCCCGGGAAAUGCAGCUACAUCGUCGGUGAUUUGAAGGAUAAGGCUGGCUGUCUGGCAGUCUGCAACGAGCUGAAGAAGCGCACCGAUAGACUGACGGUCCUGGUCAACAACACGGGAGCGAGCUGGGGCGACGAUUACUACAACUACCCCGAGCACGCAUGGGAUAAGCUGUAUGAUCUGAAUGUCAAGAGCAUAUUCUACAUGACUGUGGAACUGGAGCCGCUGCUACGUAAGGGUGCGAACGCUGAUAGUCCUGGACGAGUUAUCAACAUUGCGAGUAUGGCGGGUAUCCAGACUCUAGACGUUACAACAGGCGCAGCUGGUGGCCUUUCUAAGCCCGGACACGGCACCUUUAGCUACGGACCUGCUAAAGCAGCAGCUAUUCACCUCACCAAAAUGACCGCGUCCAAGCUCGCACCCAAGAACAUCAUGGUCAAUGUCAUUUGCCCUGGAGUGUUCCCCAGUCGUAUGACGAACUUUGGUCUCGAGAAGUUCGGCAAGACCCUCACUGCAGGACAACCCACAGGCCGCAUUGGCAAGCCUAGUGACUUCGGAGGUUUGGUCUUAUUCUUGAGCUCAAGGGCAAGU